GUUACAUGGAGGUUUGUCCAUGGGUAGAUCAAAAAAGGUUUGAAAAUAACGUAUUAUUGAAGAAAUAUUGCUGUUAGAAUAGCUUCUUUUGGAAUUUACCCUGAGAAGAUGGGGUGGAAGGAAAGCUUUGUGUGUGUGUGCUUUAUAUCCAUUCUUCAUGCUAAGAAAUAAACCCUGAUAUGAAGGAAACUCAUCAUGUGUGAUUUCUGUUCCAGGUGCUGGUGUAAAAGAUGAGGCUGAAUGAGAGCCGGACAAGAUCCUUCCAGGCUCCCGUCACCAUCCAUAACUACCCGGGCAGGCAGGUCUAUGUGUUUCCCAAUGGCCGCUCUGAUUCGGAGGAGUCAUCAGAGGAGGAACUCAACGUUAUGGAAUUACGACCAAGGGGCAAGGAGCAGCAGCGAUGCAGCACCUCUCGGGACAGAGUUGGAGACGUGGUACUUCUGGAACGGGAGAUUACAGAGGGCGAUAACCUAAACAAGCUGGCCUUGCAGUAUGGCUGUAAAGUUGCAGAUAUCAAACGUGUGAACAACUUCAUCCGGGAGCAGGACUUGUAUGCUCUGAAGUCCAUCAAGAUCCCUGUGAAGAGCCAUGGGCUGCUAACGGAGAACAGUGGAGACCUGAGGCCAGUCCCGAGCGUGCCCACACAGCCCGGCCUGACACUUGUGGACGUAGGGGAGCCUGAUGAGGGUGUGAGCAGCAGUGCUGAGAGCAGACACCUCAGUGACUACUUCAAGGGGAUUGACAAGAGCAUUCAGGCCGCGGUGCAGGCCGAGGUCCAGCUGAACGCUGAGUACUGCCCGGAGGCACUGGAGCGGCCGCUGCCCGAAGCAGGGAAGCAGGGGACCAGCAAUGGAGCGGACUGUGGGAUCCAGUGGUGGAAUGCAGUUUUUAUUAUGCUCCUGAUAGGAAUUGUCCUGCCGGUAUUUUAUAUCAUCUAUUUUAAAACACAAGGCCUGGUGGCCCAUACCUCCAACACAACACUAACCUCAAACGUUUCAGCAGGGGGAUUGGAAGGGAAAUUACCACAGAGCUCACUUGUAGGUAAAAAAUCCUAAAGGGGAGAGGCAGGGCCUGCAGCCUCUCGCCCGGCGCUGCAGCACGAGUGCAGGGACAGACUGGAGCACAGUCAGGGGUAACAACACAGAUGAUUUCUAUUUUUGUUAAGUAGCUGGUGUUGUGAUCCUGAACUUGACUGAAGUGCAGCACUGUGCUGCUUAUGGAACAAUCAGGA